GACACCAUUAUGGAAGUUAGCAAGGUUGAUGGCAAAUUUAAUUGUCCUGAAUGCUCAAGCAAGCUCAGUACUCCUACCACAUUUAGCGCCCAUCUCAAAAAAAAGCAUAACGGCCACUGCGAAGCCAUUUCAAACAAAACAAAGCGACGAAGCCUCGAAGAUAAUAACAACGAUAAUUCUACAACCAUAUCAUUGAAACAUCGAAAGUUAC